CGUGGGGAGGAGAGCAACACAAAGUGCGUGUCCGUGGGGAGGAGAGGCGCGCCGGGAGAGUGGGCAGAGAGGGCUCAGCUGGCACCCUGGCGCUCCGUAGCGCUCACUGACCUGCCUAUAAUCCAGUCGCACUCACAGCUAGGGGAGAUCUAUACAGUCGCACAGCCCGCCCAUGAGAGAACUUCCAACAGACACCGCUGGGCACAUUACUGAGAGGAGUUUGAGCUGCUGCGACUUGUUGCGCUUACUGAGCGCAGGGCGAGAGGGCGCAGCGCUAUGAGCUCCCAACUGACUGGCUCCGCUUUGUAGGGACCUAUAAGCCCCCUGACACUAUGGAGGAGACAGGGCAGAGAUCUGGAACCAGUUCCGAACCCCCCGGGCAGCAGGUACCGGUACUACUCCCCCAGCAGCCCCCGGAGCCAGGGGACACCCCAUUGGGCAGCCUUCUGUACCAGAGACCCGGACAUGGCAGCUCCUAUCACAAAGGGGAAGGUCCUUCAUCUCCUGAUAACAAUGAGUUGGAGGAUGUGCUGGACUCUCUCCUGGACUCCUCAGUCUCCUCUCACCUCCACCCAUGGACUCAUUUUGCUGCCCCUGAGGUACCUACCCUGAUAGUAACCCCUCACAUGUGUCCCUCUGACAAGACUAAAGCUCUCACUACUUUCCCUGAGGAGACCAGCCUUUGGGCUGAACCAACACUAGGAGAAAGGAAAGAACUUGGAGACUCUGUGCCCCCAGGCUCUUUGGAAGAGACCAAAGGACUGAAUUCCCCAGUGGCCAUGGAUAGUGAUGAACCUGUUACAUCUAUCCUGCCUCUAUUGCCCCCAGAACUGAACCUGACCAACAUGCCUAUCCUGCCACUAAACCCAGCGUACCUGGCAGCUAGGGCUCGUCAGAUUCUGGGCUUUGAAGAAAGUGGCCAAAGGUCUUCUCCUGACACUUCCCAAACUUCAAUUCCAUAUACAAAUCUUCAGUCCAACAUGAAACAAAGUUCUUAUUUUCACCCUGAAUUACCACCAGAUUCCAGAAUUAAAAAGGAAAGUUCAGUCGUCUCUCUGUACAAAGGCAAAGAAAGCUCAUUGUGUCAGGAUUAUGGAUCAUCUCCCCGGAAUCCUUCAACUCCUGAUCCGCUUCCUUCCUUGGAUUUCAUUCUGUACAAAAAUGAUCCUACGUGUGACUAUGACAGUUGUGGGGCUUCUCAUGGGAACGAAGGUGGGGACCCAGGCCGAGUUCUGCCCUCAACCUCAGCCCAAACCAUCUACCAGCCCUUGGGCCUCAAUGGCCACCAACAUGUUUCUUACCAACCAGCACUAAUGAAAGAGACGUAUUUACCUGAAAUCCCGCUCCCCUAUGUGCCGUAUAUCAGGAGCGAUGGCGACCCGGACCAAGGCGGUCCCUACGAGACAUUGGCCCAGAAGGUCUGUUUGAUCUGCGGCGAUGAGGCUUCAGGGUGUCAUUAUGGCGUCCUGACUUGUGGCAGCUGCAAGGUCUUCUUUAAGAGAGCCGUAGAAGGGCAGCACAAUUACCUGUGUGCGGGUAGGAACGACUGCAUCGUGGAUAAGAUCCGGAGGAAGAACUGCCCUUCCUGCCGCCUGAGAAAGUGUUGCCAAGCAGGAAUGGUACUUGGAGGGCGAAAAUUUAAAAAGUUUGGGCGCAUCAAAACGGGGCGAGAAAUCGAUGCGCUUGUCCUUCCGUCGCCACCAACUCUCUUCGUGGAAUGUCAGCAGAUUCUAACCAGGAGAAUAUCCAACAGUUCCGCUCAGGAAAUCCAGUUCACCCCAGAGCUGCUCCAAAUCCUGCAGAGUAUUGAGCCGGAGGUCGUGUACGCCGGUUACGAUAACACGCAGCCCGAGACCCCAAGUGCGUUGCUGAGUAGCCUCAAUCAGCUCUGCGAAAGGCAACUCGUCUGUGUAGUGAAAUGGUCUAAGUCCCUUCCUGGGUUUAGAAAUUUACACAUUGACGACCAGAUUACCCUUUUGCAAUAUUCCUGGAUGAGCCUGAUGGUGUUUGCCAUGGGAUGGAGGUCAUAUCAACAUGUCAGUGGCCAAAUGCUGUAUUUUGCACCAGAUUUAAUAUUAAAUGAACAAAGAAUGAAAGAUUCCUCGUUCUAUACCCUUUGCCUCUCCAUGUGGCAGCUGCCCCAAGAGUUCAUGAAACUACAAGUUACCCACGAGGAGUUCCUGUGCAUGAAGGCUUUGCUGCUGCUCAACACAAUUCCUUUGGAAGGCCUCAAAAGUCAGACUCAUUUUGAUGAUAUGAGGUCAAACUACAUAAGAGAGCUGGCCAAGGCUAUUGGCUUAAGGCACAAGGGUGUGAUUGCCAGCUCCCAGCGUUUCUAUCAACUAACCAAACUCAUGGACUCCAUGCAUGAACUUGUAAAGCAGCUCCACCUGUAUUGUCUCAACACCUUCCUGCAGUCUCGAUCGCUUAGUGUGGAAUUUCCUGAAAUGAUGUCGGAAGUGAUCUCUGCCCAGUUACCCAAAAUCCUAGCGGGGAUGGUAAAACCACUUAUAUUUCACAAAAAGUGAAUGUCAUAUCUCUUUCAUCACCCUUAAAAUAAUUUAAUUUAUAUGUUACUUGUAAUAAAGAUGAUCUAAUGGACAUUUCUAUUUGUUUGGGUGCAACCUGCAUGCAAGAAAGCAUUUGAUUUCUUACCACUUACAGUUGCUUCGGUUCUCCAUUUUGCUUAGCAGGAGAUUUUUUCUUUUUGUCUGAGGAAUGUCUGAACCACAGACCAAUGCAGUGUGCUUCUUCAAUUUGUGGACUGUUGGCAUCAAAAAUCUUUAAGCUAAAAUGUUGGAGUUUGAGAAGAUGGAAGUCCGUUCUUAGUACAGCUGAACUUCAGCACACCACAUUCCAUUGUUCAUCAAACCCAGGCUGCUCCACCCCAAUUUUAGAACUACAGACAUUGAUGGGAAGAGCACAUGGACUUCUGUUGUGUGGGCUACUUACUAAGACAGAAGUGUAGCACAGUCUACAAAGUUUUUCCAUUUGCUGACCCACACAGUUGCCCUGUAGCACACCAUUUACUUCACACGCUCAUCAAAUUCACCCCAAUAUUAGAACUACAGAUACUGAAGAUAAGCAAACAUGGACCUCUUUUGUGGACUGCUGUCAUCUAGCAUCUCUACACUACACUGUAAGUGUUUGAAGAGAAGGAACUACUCACUAAGCAUAGUGGGCCUUUAUCACACCAUUUACGUCUCAUGUUGGUGCUUCUCAAAACUAGGUUGAUAUUAGACAUUAAAGAAAAGGGCACAUGAAGUGGUAGAAGUCCAUGUACUUUUCUCUUUAGUGUGUGGAAUAUUGGAACUAUAGAACAAUGCUUGUGGGCCAUAAAUUUGUGGGCUAUUGUUAUCCAAAAUGUCUAAGAUAAAUUGUAAAUGAUUGAGGAGCAACCAAGGCUGCUCCAUCCCACUUUUAGACAUUAAAGGGAAGGGCACAUGGAGCACUGUUAUGUGGGUGAUCGGUCGCAUGAAAUGAAGUCCUUUUGACUUUUCUUCAGUAUCUGUAACAUCACGUUGAAAAACAUAAUUCCUUACCUGAAGAACAUCUUCUAAAGUUUGCUUUUACCUGACCAGCCUCCCUACACAAAGCAGCUGAAGGUUGCGUUGAAAAUACAAGAUGUCAGACAAGAUGUCAGACAUAUUAACAUGCAUAGGAAUGGCAGUUUAAAUGGUUUUGAAUUCUCUAGUAGUUGCCUUGGCUUCAUGUACUGUGGAUGUAUUAUAGUAAAUGACUUGUUCCUGCUGUUCCAUAUGUCAUAGAUACAAUAUGGCUGUCCUCACAGUUGUACAUUAAAUACAGAUAUUGUGCUUACAAACAUAUUGCCCUCCUAGAAAGCACUUCUUGCUCUAACGCAUUGUUCCAGUUCCUUUUGCUGUGCAAUUAAAAUGAUGCAGUUAUUUUUUCCCAUGUAUUAAUUAAAUAACCAUGUAAAUAGGUCUGAAGGAUUGAUAUGAAGAAAAUUUUAUUUUUCUGUACACGGUUUCUGAGAAUAUGAAAUGUUUUUCCCAGUAAGUACUUUUUAAGUCGCUGUAUGUUAAAAGAGUAAAAUAAAUGCCAGAAUGAUUAUGUUUA